ACAUUACAUCCAAUUCAAUCUCCCAUCUAAUUCUCUCCUUCUCUCUUUCCCAUUCCUCCAUGAAAUUUCUUUUCUGGUUUUCUCAAAAUUUCUCUAAAAUUUAGCUAAAAAUAGAAACUAAAUUUAAAUUCAAACAAAAAAGGAAACCCAAAAAUGAAGAAACCAUCAUCUCCGGUGACAAUUACAGUAACAGCAAGUGGAGGAAGAAGAAGAAGUGUUGGAUUAACAAGUCCGAUUCAACGCCAUUCUCUUUCUCCUCUUAAUGCAAUGAAUUCUUUAGCUAGAAGAAAAAGAUACUCGAUUUCCCAGCAAGAAAACGACGCCGUUGAAGGAGAUAACAAUGAAGAAGAAGAAGAGUUGAACUCAGAGUUUGUUUCUUACACUGUUCAUAUUCCUCCAACACCAGAAAGACCUCAACUUUCUUCAAUUUCUGACUCACAAAACAGUACCAUUAAUGGAACUGUAACUGAGUCAACAGACCCAGUUGAGCCGAGUCAGGCGGGUUUCAUCUCAGGUACGAUUUUUACUGGUGGGUUUAACUCGGUGACUCGUGGGCAUGUAAUUGAUUGUUCAAUGGAGAAAUCUCACGUGCAGGAGAAACCCAAGUCACGUGAGGUGUGUAUGAUGAAAGGGUGUGAUGAAAAGGGAUUGAAGACGAAUCCUUGUGAAUGUGGGUUUCAGAUUUGUAGGGAAUGUUAUUUGGAUUGUUUGUUGAAUAACAAUGGAGGACAUUGUCCUGGUUGUAAGGAGUUGUAUGAUAAGGAUGACAGAGACAACCAUGGAAAAGAAGAAGAAGAAGAAGAAGAAGAUGAUGAAGCUCGGCCAUUGCCUUCAAUGGCGGAAUUCAAGAUGGAUAAGAGGCUUUCAUUGGUGAGAUCUGUGAAGAAUCCAGCAGAUUUUGAUCAUAAUAGAUGGUUGUUUGAAACAAAGGGAACUUAUGGGUAUGGAAAUGCAGUUUGGCCUAAAGAAGGAUAUGGGUUUGGAGGAGGGAAUAAUAAUAAUAAUAAUACUAACAAUAAUGGGUUUGAGUAUCCUCCCGAUUUUGGUGAAAAGUGUAGGAAGCCAUUGACUAGGAAGGUUGCUGUUUCUGCUGCUGUUCUUAGUCCUUACAGAUUACUCAUGGUGAUACGCCUUGCGGCCUUGGGCUUAUUCCUAACAUGGAGGAUUCGACAUCCAAACCACGAAGCAAUAUGGUUAUGGGGACUGUCUGUUACAUGUGAAGUUUGGUUUGCUUUCUCUUGGUUAUUAGACCAGCUUCCAAAACUGUGCCCUAUCAACAGAAUAGCUGAUCUUUCUGUGCUAAAAGAUCGGUAUGAAUCACCUAAUCUUCGCAACCCAAAGGGUCGAUCUGAUCUACCAGGGAUUGAUGUUUUUGUGUCAACAGCAGACCCAGAAAAGGAACCUCCUCUUGUAACAGCCAACACCAUCCUAUCUAUCCUUGCAGUUGACUAUCCUGUAGAGAAGUUGGCAUGUUAUCUUUCGGAUGAUGGAGGGGCACUUUUAACAUUCGAAGCCUUAGCUGAGACGGCUAGUUUUGCUAGAACAUGGGUGCCUUUCUGCCGAAAGCAUGGUAUAGAACCAAGAAAUCCUGAGGCUUACUUUGGGCAGAAGAAGGAUUUUCUUAAGAACAAAGUGAGAUUGGAUUUUGUUCGAGAGAGGAGGCGAGUAAAGAGAGAGUAUGAUGAGUUUAAAGUUAGGAUUAACUCGUUACCAGAUUCUAUUAGGAGACGAUCUGAUGCGUAUAAUGCCCACGAAGAGCUUCGAGCUAAGAAGAAACAAUUAGAGAUGGGAAGAAAUGUUUCAGAACCUUUAAAGGUUCAUAAGGCUACAUGGAUGUCUGAUGGUUCUCACUGGCCUGGGACUUGGGCAUCAGCUGAGCCUGAUCAUUGUAGGGGCGAUCAUGCUGGUAUUAUUCAGGCUAUGCUGGCACCACCAAAUUCCGAACCAGUAUAUGGCUCAGAAGCAGAUGGGGAGAACUUGAUUGACACAACGGAAGUAGACAUACGCCUUCCAAUGCUAGUUUAUGUGUCUAGAGAGAAAAGACCAGGCUAUGAUCACAACAAGAAAGCUGGAGCUAUGAAUGCACUUGUACGAACUAGUGCAAUUAUGUCCAACGGUCCAUUCAUUCUCAACCUCGACUGUGAUCACUACAUCCACAACUCCUUAGCCAUAAGGGAAGGAAUGUGCUUCAUGCUUGACAGAGGUGGUGACAGAAUCUGUUAUGUCCAAUUCCCUCAAAGAUUUGAAGGGAUCGAUCCCAGUGAUCGUUAUGCAAAUCACAACACCGUGUUUUUUGAUGUGUCAAUGAGAGCUUAUGACGGGUUGCAAGGCCCCAUGUAUGUUGGUACUGGCUGCAUUUUCCGAAGGAUUGCAGUUUAUGGAUUUAGUCCUCCUAGGGCCACCGAACAUCAUGGAUGGUUUGGCGCGAGGAAAUUUAAGCUCUUAUUGAGGAGGAAAGGUAGGAAGGAAAAAUUUCCCGAUGAGAUUGCUUUGCCGGUUCAAGAAAAUGAAGACGACGAUGAUUUGGACAUUGAGUCAUUGCUCCUACCCAAGAGGUUCGGUAACUCCACUUCUUUAGCAGCAUCAAUCCCGGUUGCGGAAUACCAAGGCAGACUUCUUCAGGAUCUCCAAGGCAAAGGCUACCAAGGGAGGCCAGCAGGUUCACUUGCUGUCCCUCGUGAACCACUCGAUGCUGCUACUGUCGCUGAGGCCAUAAGUGUCAUUUCGUGCUUCUAUGAGGAUAGAACCGAGUGGGGUAAACGAGUAGGGUGGAUCUACGGUUCUGUAACAGAAGAUGUUGUGACGGGUUAUAGGAUGCACAAUCGAGGAUGGAGGUCAAUCUACUGUGUGACUAAACGGGAUGCCUUUCGAGGAACUGCCCCAAUUAACCUUACUGACAGACUUCACCAAGUACUUCGUUGGGCAACCGGGUCAGUUGAAAUCUUCUUCUCCAAAAACAAUGCACUCUUCGCAAGUCGGAGGAUGAAGUUCUUACAAAGGGUGGCUUACCUAAAUGUAGGUUUAUACCCAUUCACUUCAUUGUUCCUCAUUGUGUACUGCUUCCUACCUGCUAUCUCGCUCUUUUCAGGGCAGUUUAUAGUCCAAUCGCUGAACAUAACAUUCCUGAUCUUACUCCUGGUUGUAACUACAUCCUUAUGUAUGUUAGCCCUGCUCGAGAUUAAGUGGUCCGGAAUCACCCUACACGACUGGUGGAGAAACGAGCAAUUCUGGCUCAUCGGAGGAACUAGUGCACACCCAGCAGCUGUCCUGCAAGGCUUACUGAAAGUUAUAGCAGGAGUCGAUAUUUCAUUCACUCUGACCUCGAAAUCAGCCACUCCUGAUGACGCUGAAGAUGAAUUUGCCGAUCUAUAUGUUGUUAAAUGGAGCUUCUUAAUGGUGCCGCCUAUAACCAUCAUGAUGGUAAACAUGAUCGCUAUAGCCGUGGGUUCUGCUAGGACUUUAUACAGCCCAUUCCCGCAAUGGAGUAAGCUUAUUGGAGGAGUUUUCUUCAGCUUUUGGGUGUUGUGCCAUCUUUAUCCUUUCGCUAAAGGUCUAAUGGGUAGAAGUGGACGGGUUCCUACAAUCAUUUACGUUUGGUCUGGGCUUCUUUCGAUUAUCAUCUCGUUGCUAUGGGUUUAUAUCAGUCCUCCCUCCGGAAGUCAAGCACCAUACAUGAAGUUCGAGUUCCCUUGAUCAUCAUCGAUACCCGUUUUACCCACUUGAGAAGUUGUACCCAAUAUGAAGUUAUUUCUCAAACUUCAUUUUGCUGUUUAUAGGUGUGGUGUUUAGUUCAUUUUGUAUGAUUCUUUUAUGAAAUAUCUUGUAAUUUGUUUUUGUCCAAAACUUUCUUUAAGUGAUCCCAUAUAUGUCUAGUUUAACUUGUAUGAGCUCAUAGCUAUAUCAAAUCUUUCUUAUAUGUUUUGAUAGUGUUGUAGUAAACCUUGGAUCAACACAUCAAACAAUUUUUAAUUUUUUUAAGGUAUUGGGUAGGCCGAGAAAAGAGAAGACAAGAA